ACAUAAAAGCCUUAAAGACAGCCGUGGUGUCGCUCUUCAUUUCUUGGUUCUCCUGUGGUGCAUAAGAAACCCGCUACAGAUUGGUGCCGUGACCCGGAUCAACAGAUCAGCUGCAGCAGAUCGCCGGGGGACCCCUACACAGAACUGGAUUGACAUCACACGUUUAAAACAUUUGAGGGCAAGGUGAACUUUGGACAAUAUGUUGCAUAUAUCUCAGUUGUGUGAGAUUACAGAACAGGAGAGAGAAGACAUAUCAGGUGUUGGUGAUAACAAUGUACAUGUUUCUCCGGUUGGUGUUACUGUGAGAGGUCCACAAGGUAUGGCCACUGGGGUGGGGCGGGGGGCUCAGUUGGCCAGUAUGGGGGAACAUAGUGCUAGAGCCAGUCCUCUUAGAUACCCAGCAGUCGACACUAGAGUGCCAAGUGUCAGUAGUUACCAACCAGAGCAUGUUAGCAGUAGCCAACCAGGCAACGAUGACAGUGAAGAGUCCCAGAAGGCCAUAGGGGGUGAAAAUGAAUACCGAACCCAAUUGCAAGCCCUAGCAGAGUUAGUCAAACAACUGGGCAGUGAAAUAGGUAAUCAAGUUGCCGCUAGUCUAGCAGGGGCUGGUCCAAGCACUUCCCCUCCCCAACCAAUAGUAGAAAUACCUGAUUGGUCAAAGGUCAACCUAAUUCUGAAGUCAGACGUCAGAGAACCACCCCACUUCCGGGGUGAUAGCACAGACCGGUGCACAGUGACUGAAUGGCAAGAACUUUUGCAAGCUUACUUGAAAAAGAAGGGAUGCAGUAUAUCAGAACAGGGGCAAGAAAUACAGGACAGACUGAUGAGGCGGGCUAAAGACAUAGUCAGAAUUGGGCUCCGUGGAAACCCUCUUGUUAACAUAAGCAGAGAUCCUGAAGCCAUAUACAAUAUCUUGAGGCAGCACUUUGGAGAGGCAAUCUCAUCCACAAUCCCAUUAGGAUACUUCUAUGAAACCUUACCAAGACAGUCAGAGAGCUGCUUGGAUUAUUGGGUUAGACUGAACAAAGCAAUUGACCUUGCCAAUGAGUGCUUGCAAAGACAGGGAAAAAGAGUGGAUGAUCCAGGUCACGAGGUGACCAUGAUGUUUGUUAAGCACUGCCCUGAUCCGGCACUAUAUGCCGCUCUUAGGUGCAGGCCUAUUGAAAAUUGGACCGUUGGAGAUUUGCAGGCAGUGAUUGACAGCCAUCACAGAGACAAACAAUAAGCCAGACACAGGGCGCAAAGUACUGCCAAGGUAGAAGUUGUGAUGACCCCCGACGCUUGGUGUAUGACUCAACAACAAGCAGUCGGUCAAAAUAAUUCAGCCACACCCGCUAACAGUGAUCAGGCUCCAUUGAACAAAGUGAUUUCUCUCCUGGAAAAGCUCCUGUCAACCCAGGAACAAAAUCAAAGGAGAACUUCAGCCAGAACGCCACAAACUACUACUGCUGCUGGUCCCUGUAGAAUUUGUAAGGCCUCAGACCAUUCAACUCAGUCACACUGCUUUAAGGAGGGGUUAUGUUUCAAGUGUCACAGGACAGGCCACAGAGGCUUUGAAUGUCCAGCAAGAAAACAAGUUGGAGAGGCAACUGCCGAGGCUCCCCCUGGCCCCGCUUUAAACUAACAUGCUCACUCCAAGAGGGGGGCGAUGUGGGCGAACAUGUUACACCUCCACAGAACACUACAGAUAUAAGGACUGGAAACACAAUGAAAACCGAGGUGAUUUAUCCAAAAAUAGAGAGUAAUGACAGUCUUUUCUAUGUUCCAGUAAUGGUGCAAGAAAUUGUAGAACUUCAAGCUCUGAUAGAUAGUGGGUCUAUGACCUGCACGUUAAGUGAGUCAGCUGAAGACACACUUCUGAGAUGUAAUGUGAUAAAACCAGAGUCUAGAAAGCCAACUCAAGUAGUUAUUGUAGGCUGUGGGGGCAACCAGGCACAGCCUAAGUAUGAAUAUGACUUGAACAUUGAUCUUUUAGAUUGCAAGAUGGCAGUAUCUGUUUUAGUUGUACCUGGACAGACAGAUGACAUGAUAGUUGGAUCGAACGCCAUAAAACACAUAAUGCAACAGGUUAAGAAAACAAAUUGGUAUUGGGACAGCCUCUCCAAACCUGCCAAAGGAGAUUCACAUGGACUUUUACUCAGCAUGCUAGCCAACGUGAACCGUUGGCACGGUGACAAAAUACCAGACAAAGUGGGAACUGUAAUGCUCAAGCAGAGUGUGACUCUCAUGCCCCAACAUGAACAUUUGGUCUGGGGAAAACUGAAAGAAAAGGUGCCGCUAUCAGUCGGUAGUACUGUAGUCAUAGAGGCCACUACAGCACGAUCUGCACCAAGAAAUGUCCUAGUAGGACGCACUGUAUGUCCUUUGAGGGGUGACAAGUGGGUCCCCAUGAAAGUGAUCAACAUGUUGGACCACCCUAUUAUUCUCCGCCGUAACACCAAGUUGGCCGAUGUACACCCAUGCCUAGCCCUAGAAGACCUAGAGCUCUAUGCCAGCCAUGCUGAGAACCCCAGUAAGGUCCAGUCUGCCCUUCAGAAUGUCACCCAAGCUGGGGAAGAAUGUUCAGUUAGUGGAAAAAGGGCAAAGAAAGAGUAUCUACAAAAGUUGGAAGAGUUGGGCUUAAAAGAAGUUGACAUAGAGUCCUGUGAAGUGUCUGACAUGUGGAAAGGAAAACUAGUGGACCUUAUUGCUCAGUAUGAAGGCAUCUUCUCCAGGGACCAACUUGACUGUGGAGAAGCGAAGAACGUCAUCCACCAUAUCCGACUCAAAGAUGAAAAGCCUUUCCGGCUGCCGUACAGGAGGGUCUCUCCAUCCGACUACCAGAAACUGAGACAGACGCUGGAGGAAAUGAAGGAGCGGGGCAUCAUCCGAAAGUCCAGUAGUGAGUAGGCCUCCCCCUUGUCCUGGUUUGGAAGCCGUCAGGAGAGUUGAGAAUUUGCACUGAUUUCAGAUGGUUGAACCAGAGGACAGAGAAAAAUGCAUACCCAUUGCCCCAUCAAGCCGAUGCUCUCGCUGCUUUAGGGGGGAACUGCUUCUUCAGUACUAUGGAUUUGACUUCGGGAUUCUACAACAUCCCCAUACAUGAAGAUGACCGCAAGUACACAGCGUGCACAACACCCACAGGUUUAUUUGAGUACAACAGAAUGGCUCAGGGGUUAUGUAACAGCCCAGCAACAUUCGCCAGAAUGAUGACCUCGAUCUUCGGCGACCAGAACUACUUGUCCCUCCUGUGCUACUUGGAUGAUCUCCUGGUUUUCGGGAAGACUGAGCAGGAAGCCCUGGACCGUCUCGAAAUGGUGUUCUCCCGCCUUACGGAACACAACCUGAAGCUAGCGCAAAAAAAAAUGUUACCUCCUCAGAAAAUCUGUCAAGUUUCUAGGCCAUAUCGUCACGGCAGAGGGCAUUGCAACCGACCCAGGAAAAGUGUCUGCAAUCAACGACAUCACAGCAGCUGACCUGAUGGAAAAUGAUGGGAAAACACCUUCACCCACCAAGGUCAGAUCAUUUCUUGGUAUGGCAAACUAUUAUUCCCACUUCAUUGCGAGUUUCUCAGGUUAAGCCAAACCACUGUUUCGUCUGAUUGCAGGACAGAAAAGUAGAAAAGACAGGAAAGGAGAAAAAGGAAAACCUCAUGGCAUGGCCCAUAAACGUCUGAAACCUGAAGACUGGACUUCUGAAUGUGGGGAGGCGCUGGAGAAGCUAAAAGCUGCUGUCUCCCAAACAGCCGUGCUGGCUCACCCAGACCUUAACCUCUUGGGGCUAGGUGGGACGCUAGCGUGCCACCCGUGGUGCACUCCAUCAACAGCAGGUGCAUUUCAA